AUGACUGGCCCAGCCGAGGUCCUGGCCGGCGAGUCGGUAGCCUGCCUGACCCAGGCGCUGAGCCACCUGCGCGGUAUCUGGGAGGAGAUCGGCAUCCCGGAGGAGCAGCGGCUGCAGCGCACCGAAGUGGUCAAGAGGCACGUCAAGGACCUGCUGGAGCAGAUGGUGGCGGAAGAGGAGAGCCUCCGGGAGCGGCUACUGAAAAGCAUCGCGCUGUGCCGAAGGGAGCUGGGCGCGCUGUGCCAGGAGCUGCAGCUGGCGCCCUUCCAGGAGGAGGAGGAGGCCACCAUCCUGCAGCUGGAGAAAGAUCUGCGCACCCGAGUAGAGGUGAUGCUCAAGCAGAAGCGUGAGAGGCGGCAGGAGUUGCGCGCCCUGCAGGAGCGCGACCAGGAGCUGGCGGGGCUGCUGGGCCGGGCGCCCUACAACAUUGGCAGCAGCGAGGCUGUGCCCAGCCUGGCGGACCUGGACUGCUUCCGGCGCCACCUGGCAUCCUUGGCAGCUGAGAAGGAGCAUCGGCAGGCAGAGUUUGUCCACCUGAAGCAGAAGGUCAUCCUCUGUAUGGAGGAGCUGGAGCAGGAGCCCAGCACCACCUUUGAGCGAGAAGCCAUGUGCCAGGACUCAGGCACCUUCUGCUUCUCCCUGAACAACUUAGCUGCUUUGAAGGAUCUGCUGCAGCAGCUGGAGGAGAGAAGAGCUCAGAAAGAGGCUGUAUGUGAAGAACUGCGCUGCCGCAUCCUGAUGCUCUGGGACUGGCUGCAAGUGCCUCCUGAAGAGAGAAAUGCCUUUGCUCCAUACAUGGAGGGCUCCAGAGCCAGCAUUAUGGACGCUCUGCACCUAGAAGUUGACCGCUUGGAGGAACUGAAGUGCCAGAACCUGCAGAAGGUGGUGGAGGCCAUUCGGGCUGAGCUGGCCACUUACUGGGACAAGUGCUUUUUGGGGGAAGAGCAGAGGUGCUCCUUUGGCCCCUACUAUGAAGACACCUUCAGCGAAGAGUUGUUGCAGCAACAUGACAAUGAGCUCAUGCGACUAAAGCAUUAUUACGAGACACAUCAAGAGCUCUUUGAAGCAAUCCACAAAUGGAAGAGGAGCUGGUGUCUCUUUCAGGAGCUUGAGAAAAAGGCCACCGAUCUAAGUCGCUUCACCAACCGAGGAGGCAACCUCCUGAAAGAAGAGAAGCUGCGUGCCAAGCUGCAGAAGACCCUUCCCAAGGCAAGUGGUCCUAGCCACUCUCCCUAUCCUGUGAACCUCUGGCAGCCCCACCUAAACUUGACUUUUUCUAGUGCAGUUGGAGGAGGAGCUGAGGGUCCGUGUUGA